AUGAGUGUGCAAGAGAGAGGGUGGGCUUCACACCGAGCUGACCUCCCAAUGGAGCCCUGGCUGGUGAUGCUGCUGUUUUUGCAGGCAGUUUGGAAUGGCGUUCUUGGGAAAACCCAUUCUUUGCACAAAAGAGGACUCCUUGAGUUAUCAGGAACCAUAAAAUGUGGCACAGGGAGAAAUCCUUUGGCAUAUCUAGGUUAUGGAUGCUACUGUGGCCUGGGAGGACAUGGCUGGCCUAAGGAUAAAACAGACUGGUGUUGCCACGGGCAUGACUGCUGUUAUGGCUUUGCAGAAGAGCAAGGUUGUAGUCCCAAGACAACUAGGUACAGAUGGACCUGCAGGCGCAAUACUGUGGUAUGUGAUAUAGUGCUAGACAGAUGUCAACAAAUAGUGUGCCAAUGCGACAGAGAUGCAGCUGAAUGUUGGCGAUCUGCUGCUUUUAACUGGCGCUAUAUCCUCUGGCCAAAUUUUUUAUGUGGCCAAACUCAUCCCAUGUGCACCUAUAAUGUUAAUGAGGAUGGCAAGAGACGUAGAAAGAUUUUUAAAAAUUAACAUGGGACUUUUUCUUGUGGACUUUGUAUAUGCUUCAAGAUAGCAGCUGAAGAUACAACCUUCUGAAUUGUUUGAGUGUCAUCUCAGAUCCUGAAACUACAUCUAAUCUAUACUACAGAAGUGGUUCCAAAAUGCCUGCUGGUAUCUUUUUAAAAGUGGCCUCUGAUUCUAGUUUAGAUAACUACUGUAUACUUGGUUGGUCACUUUUGUUUAUGUCCUGAUAUAACUUGUGGCAAGACACUUGUCAUAUGUACAGUAAUUCAGCAUAAUGUCACAAAUGAUUCUGUGCACUUUUUAAAGAAGUAACUUUUGCAGGAUGUCAAAGUGCAAUCUGCUCUCAUAAAACAGAAUUUUCUAUCUGUGCUCAAAAAUAAGAGAGAACAGAGUUAUGCUCCAUAGACAUAUGAAUUGGCCUUCAUAUCAUAUCAUAUCAUAUCAUAUCAUAUCAUAUCAUAUCAUAUCAUAUCAUAUCAUAUCAUAUCAUAUCAUAUCAUAUCAUAUCAAAAGCCCUAAACUAACAUGCUGGGGCGGAUAUUCUGGCAUGUUAUUAAUUCAUUCUUGAAGAUGCUUUCGUAUAUGUAAGUAGGCUGUCUGGAAGCAAAGUUGCUAGUCUGCCAUACUACAUGAUAGAUAGCCACAGGUCCCAGAUCACCAAUUCCAUUCUGCAGUGAAUGCACGCACAGAAACAUGUGCAUGUGGGAAAGGCCCCCCAAAUAAUUAUUGUCCUACAGAACCCAUAAGAAAGUCUUUAUUUAUGUUGGAUGUUGCUUUGAGGGGCAAUAUUCUUCUCCAGGGUAGCAUUUUGUGUUAUUUUUGUAGCAAAUUUUUAUAGCCAGCAAGGACAUUUUUCAUAAAUGCAAGUUGUUCCUGGAACAUGUCUCCACAUCUCAAACUGCUUACUCUUUCCCUACUCUGUACUUCCUUCCUCCUCCACAAACGUAAGAUCACAUUAAAACUCUAUGCAGAGUACAGAGAAUUAGCGCUGUUAAAACAAAGCCCAAAAUGGCAGAGACUAUGCAGCCUCCAUCCAACGACAAUGAUGGGGAACAAAAGGACUAAAAAGAAGGGGAGGGCAAAAAGGGGCUGGAAUCUUCCCAGAACUGCCAUUAGAGAGCCACUUUUGCCAUCUGAACACUAACUUCUUGUGGCUGGAGAAGACACCAUGAAGCUGAUUGGUAUAUUUUUUCCUUAAUGAACUAAUCAAGCACCUCAGCAAUUUUAUGAACAAUUUGUAUGUCCAUGCAUAAGAUCACUACUGUGAGUGAGGUCUGGGCUCAGAUAUCCAUAGAAAUUUGUAAUAUACUUGGUAACAGCUUGAAGGAUUCAUAGCUUCAUAGGGAAGCAAAGUAUAUAGCAAACUGUUUUAGUCAUUGCCUGUUAGAUUCCAGCACAUAUACACGUCACAUACCUCACAAUGCUUCACUUGCACCUCGCAAAUGGAUGAAUAUCCAUCAGCUUAGUGCAGAACUGCCCGCAAAAGGAAUGCAAUGAAAUUGUGAAGGUCACUUCUGUUAUGGAAAGGCAGUUGCAGAAGUGGUUCCUCUGGAGCAAGAGUAUUUCUGGAGCAAAGUAUUUCACUCUUCUUGUGCUUGCUGCUUUUCUGUUACAGUGCCUGCCCCCAAACCACUCCCCCUCUCCUAGUGAUCCAGAUGUGUGUGUCUUAAGACUUAUAAUAUGAAUGGAAACUUGUAUUUGUUAGACUAGGCAUUUGCUUUCUGCUCUGCAAUGUAUCCUUUAUUAAGAACAUUCCAAAGGGCUCAAAUGCAGUUUUUACUGUCGUAACCGUAUGUGGAAAACAGUCUGUGGAAGUGAGUGGGAAUGCUGU